UCCAGGCCCGGCCAUGGCCCCACCUGGGCGUGAUCGCUGCCGGCUCCCUCUGGGCGUGUGGGUGUUACAAGCCCAAACCUUCUGUGGGAGUCGGGCAGGCUGGCGCCCCGCCCUCCGGGCCGUGCCCUUUCCUCCCAGACUGGUUGUGCAGGAGCGGGCGUGAGUGCAGCCAGCGUGGGUGAGCCCUGGGCCCAGGCCGCUCGCCGCCUCACCUGCAGGGAGGGGCCUCCCAGAAACUGCCUUCCCCGGUGCCCGGCCGCCCCACGGCGCCAGAGCCCUGCUGACCAGCCAGCGAGGACGCCCGCCUGCCACCCACCUGCCCUCCUGCGCCGGCCAAACCCAGCCUGGGCCAGCAUCUGCCUUUACGACCAUGUUCAAGGGGCUGAGCAAAGGCUCCCAGGGGAAGGGGUCCCCCAAGGGCUCCCCAGCCAAGGGGUCGCCCAAGGGGUCCCCCAGCAAGCAUAGCCGAGCUGCCACCCAGGAACUGGCCCUGCUCAUCUCCCGCAUGCAAGCCAAUGCCGACCAGGUGGAGAGGGACAUCCUGGAGACCCAGAAGAGGCUGCAGCAGGACCGGCUGAACAGCGAGCAGAGCCAGGCCCUGCAGCACCAGCAGGAGACGGGCCGCAGCCUGAAGGAGGCCGAGGUGCUGCUCAAGGACCUGUUCCUGGACGUAGACAAGGCCCGGCGGCUCAAGCACCCGCAGGCCGAGGAGAUCGAGAAGGACAUCAAGCAGCUGCACGAGCGGGUGACCCAGGAGUGUGCCGAGUACCGUGCCCUGUACGAGAAGAUGGUGCUGCCGCCUGACGUGGGGCCCAGGGUCGACUGGGCGCGUGUGCUGGAGCAGAAACAGAAGCAGGUCUGCGCGGGCCAGUACGGGCCGGGCAUGGCAGAGCUGGAGCAGCAGGUGGCCGAGCACAACAUCCUGCAGAAGGAGAUCGAGGCCUAUGGGCAGCAGCUGCGGACCCUUGUGGGGCCGGACGCGACCACCAUCCGGAGCCAAUACCGGGACCUACUGAAGGCGGCGUCGUGGCGCGGGCAGAGCCUGGGCAGCCUGUACACGCACCUGCAGGGCUGCACGCGGCAGCUGGGCGCCCUGGCCGAGCAGCAGCGCCGCAUCGUGCAGCAGGACUGGAGCGACCUCAUGGCCGACCCCGCGGGCGUGCGGCGCGAGUACGAGCACUUCAAGCAGCACGAGCUGCUGCGCCAGGAGCAGAGCGUGAACGAGCUGGAAGACGACGGGGAGCGCAUGGUGGAGCUCGGGCACCCUGCGGUGGCGCCCAUCCAGGCCCACCAGGAGGCCCUGAAGAUGGAGUGGCAGAACUUCCUGAACCUGUGCAUCUGCCAGGAGAGCCAGCUGCAGCACGUGGAGGACUACCGCAGGUUCCAGGAAGAGGCCGACUCGGUCAGCCAGACCUUGGCGAAGCUCACCUCCAGCUUGGACACCAAGUACAGCCCUGCCCCUGGGGACCUCUCUGGUGCCCCCACAGAGCUGUUGCGACAGCUGGAGGCAGAGGAGAAGCAGCUGGCCAUCACCGAGAAGGCCAUUGGGGACCUGCAGCGGCACAGCCAGGAGGUGGCCCCUCUGCCACAGCGCAGGAACCCACUCCAGCAGCCCCUCCGGGUGGACAGCAUCUGCGACUGGGACUCAGGAGAAGUGCAGCUGCUGCGGGGGGAGCGGUACACGCUGGUGGACAACGCUGACCCGCACACCUGGGCCGUGCAGGGCCCUGGCGGGGAGACCAAGAGUGCCCCAGCCGCCUGCUUCUGCAUCCCAGCCCCAGACCCUGAAGCCGUGGCCAGGGCCUCCAGGCUGGCCUCAGAGCUGCAGGCCCUGAAGCAGAAACUGGCCAUAGUCCAGAGCCGUCUGAAGGCCAGUGCCACGGAGGCCAUACGGCCUGGCCAGCAGGCACCAGCCGGCUCGGCCUCGGUCGACCCACAGGCCCAGAAGCUGCUGACACAGAUGACCCAGCUGGACGGGGACCUCAGGCAGAUAGAGAGGCAGGUGCUGGCCUGGGCCCGCACCCCGCUGAGCCGCACCUCCCCACUGGAGGACCUGGAGGGCCGCAUCCACAGCCACAAGGGCACGGCCCAGCGCCUGCAGGGCCUGGGCGCCGAGAAGGAGGCAGCCCAGCAGCAGUGCGAGGCGUUUCUGUCGGCACGGCCCGUGGGCCCCGCCGCCCUGCAGCUGCCCGUGGCCCUGAACAGCGUCAAGAACAAGCACAGCGACGUGCAGGUUCUGUGCAGUCUCUACGGGGAGAAAGCCAAGGCUGCCCUGGGGCUGGAGCGGCAGAUCCGGGACUCGGACAGGGUCAUCGGAGGCUUCGAGUCCACCCUGGCGCAGGAGGCGCCCGUCCCUGCCGCCCCCGGGGCGCUGCAGGACAGGGUCAGCCAGCUGCAGCACCAGCGGAGGGAGCUGCUGGGGCAGCAGGCCUGCGUGCUGGGGCUGCACCGCGAGCUGAAGGCCGCCGAGCACGCGUGCGCCGCGCUGCAGAACAACUUCCACGAGUUCUGCCAAGACCUGCCGCGCCAGCAGCGCCAGGUGCGGGCCCUCACCGACCGCUACCACGCCGUGGGGGACCAGCUGGACCUGCGGGAGAAGAUGCUGCAAGAUGUGGGCCUCACCUACCAGCAGUUCAAGAACUGCAGGGACAACCUGAGCUCCUGGCUGGAGCACCUGCCCCACAACCAGGUGCGGCCCAGCGACGGGCCCAGCCAGAUUGCCUACAAGCUGCAAGCAGAGAAGAGGCUGACGCAAGAGAUCCAGAGCCGAGAUCGGGACAGGGCUGUGGCAUCCCGCCUCUCCCAGGACUUGCAGGCAGCUCUGCAAGACUAUGAGCUGCAGGCAGACACCUACCGCUGCUCCUUGGAGCCCAGCCUGGCGGUGUCAGCCCCCAAGAAGCCCCGAGUGGCUCCCCUGCAGGAGAGCAUCCAGGCCCAGGAGAAGGACCUUGCAAAGGCCUAUACUGAGGUCGUGGCGGCACACCAGCAACAGCUACACCAGCUGGAGUUUGCUAGAAAGAUGCUGGAGAAGAAGGAACUCAGUGAGGACAUCCAGGUGACCCACGAUGCAAAGCAGGGGUCUGAGAGCCCAGCCCGGGCAGGGAGGGAGUCAGAGGCCCUGAAGUCCCAGCUGGAGGAGGAGAGGAAGCGGGUGGCCCAGGUGCAGCGCGAGCUGGAGGAGCAGAGAGGCCAGCUGCUGCAGCUGAGGACCCAGCGGCCCCUGGAGAGGCUGGAGGAGAAGGAGGUGGUGGAGUUCUACCGGGACCCCCAGCUGGAGAGCAGCCUGUCCAAGGUGAAGGCCCAGCUGGAGCAGGAGGGCAAGCGGCGGGCCGGGCUGCAGGCAGACCUGGAAGCGGCCGCCCAGAAGGUCGUCCAGCUGGAGAGCAAGAGGAAGACCAUGCAGCCUCAUCUGCUGACCAAGGAGGUCACCCAAAUCGAGAGGGACCCCAGCCUGGACAGCCAGGCAGCCCAGCUCAGCAACAGAAUCCUGCAGGUCCAGGGGGAGGACGCUGUCAUCGUGGCCCGCCUGGAAGAGCUGAAGAAGGAGCUGCUGGCCCUUGAGCAGAGGGAGGUGGACGUGAAGGAGAAGGUUGUGGUGAAAGAGGUGGUCAAGGUGGAGAAGGAUCUGGAAAUGGUCAAGGCAGCCCGGGCUCUGAGGCUGCAGAUAGAGGAGGGUGCUGCAAGGAGGAAGGGGGCAGAGGAGGCUGUGGCCAAGCUGCAGGUGCGCAUCGAAGACCUAGAGCGGGCCAUCAGCUCGGUGGAGCCCAAGGUCAUUGUGAAGGAGGUGAAGAAGGUGGAGCAGGACCCGGGCCUUCUCCAAGAGUCCUCCAGGCUCAGGAGCCUCCUGGAGGAGGAGAGGAAGCGGAGCGCGGCGCUGGCCAGGGAGCUCACGGAGCUGCACAGCAAAUACAGCGCGGUGCAGAAGCAGAGGCCCAAAGUGCAGCUCCAGGAGCGCGUCCACGAGAUCUUCCAGGUGGACCCGGAGACCGAGCGCGAGAUCGUGCGGCUGCGGGCCCAGCUGCAGGAGGCGGCCGGCAGGAGGAGCAGCGUGGAGAAGGAGGUGGAGAGGCUGCUGCCCGACCUGGAAGCCCUGCGGGCGCAGAAGCCCGCGGUGGAGUACAAGGAGGUGACGCAGGAGGUGGUGAAGCACGAGAGGAGCCCGGAGGUGCUGCGCGAGAUCGACCGCCUGAAGGCCCAGCUCAACGAGCUGGUCAACGCGCACGGGCGCUCGCAGGAGCAGCUCAUCCGGCUGCAGGGCGAGCGCGACGAGUGGAAGCGGGAGCGGGCCAAGGUGGAGACCAAGACGGUGAAGAAGGAGGUGGUGCGCCACGAGAAGGACCCGGUCCUGGAGAAGGAGGCGGAGCGGCUCCGCCAGGAGGUGCGGGAGGCGGCCCAGAAGAGGCGGGCCGCCGAGGACGCCGUCUAUGAGCUGCAGAGCAAGUACCUGCUGCUGGAGAGGCGGAAGCCCGAGGAGAAGGUGGUGGUGCAGGAGGUCGUGGUCACCCAGAAGGACCCGAAGCUGCGCGAGGAGCACAGCCGGCUGAGCCGGAGCCUGGACGAGGAGGUGGGGCGGCGGCGGCAGCUGGAGCUGGAGGUGCAGCAGCUGCGGGCCGGCGUGGAGGAGAAGGAGGCGCUGCUCAGCUUCGGCGAGGACCGCGGCAAGAAGCUGGCUCUGGAGAGGGAGCUGCGGCAGCUGACCUUGAGGAUCCAGGAGCUGGAGAAGCGGCCUCCCGCGGUGCAGGAGAAGAUCAUCAUGGAGGAAGUGGUCAAGCUGGAGAAGGACCCGGAGCUGGAGAGGUCCACGGAGGCCCUGCGGCGGGACCUGGACCAGGAGAAGACCCGGGUGGCGGAGCUGCACCGGGAGAGCAAGCACCUGCAGGUGCAGCUCGACGUCCUGCAGAAGACCAAAUCGCAGGAGAAGACCAUCUACAAGGAGGUGAUCCGGGUGCAGAAGGACCGGGCGCUGGAGGACGAGCGGGCCCGCGUGUGGGAGCUGCUCUCCAGGGAGCGCGCGGCCCGGCAGGCCCAGGAGGAGGCGGCGGGGCGCCUGCGGGAGCGGAUCCACAGGGCCGAGGCGCUGGGGAGGACCUGGUCCCGGGAGGAGGCCGAGCUGCAGAAGGCCCGGGACCAGGCGGGCCAGGAGCGCGGGCGGCUGCAGCAGGAGCUGCGGGUGCUGGAGAGGCAGAAGCAGCAGCAGGCACUGCAGCUGCAGGAGGAGUCGAAGCUGCUCAGCCAGAAGACGGAGAGCGAGCGGCAGAAGGCCACCCAGCGGGGCCAGGCGCUCUCGCGGCUCGAGGCAGCCAUCCUCCACGAGAAGGACCAGAUUUACGAGAAGGAGCGAACGCUCCGGGACCUCCACGCCAAGGUGAGCCGGGAGGAGCUCAGCCAGGAGACUCAGACGCGGGAGACCAACCUCUCCACCAAGAUCUGCAUCCUGGAACCUGACACGGGGAAGGACAUGUCCCCGUAUGAGGCCUAUAAGAGGGGCAUCAUCGACCGAGGCCAGUACCUGCAGCUGCAGGAGCUCGAGUGCGACUGGGAGGAGGUCACCACCUCGGGCCCCUGUGGGGAGGAGUCUGUGCUGCUGGACCGCAAGAGUGGGAAGCAGUACUCCAUCGAGGCCGCCCUCCGCUGCCGGCGCAUCUCCAAGGAGGAGUACCACCUGUACAAGGACGGCCACCUGCCCAUCUCCGAGUUCGCCCUGCUUGUGGCCGGGGAGACCAAGCCCUGCUCCUCGCUCUCCAUCGGCUCCAUCAUCUCCAAGUCCCCGCUCACCUCCCCAGCCCCGCAGAGCACCGGUUUCUUCUCUCCCAGCUUCACUCUGGGGCUGGGCGAUGACAGCUUCCCCAUCGCCGGGGUCUAUGACACAACCACAGACAACAAGUGCAGCAUCAAGACGGCCGUGGCCAAGAACAUGCUGGACCCCAUCACCGGGCAGAAGCUGCUGGAGGCCCAGGCGGCCACAGGGGGCAUCGUGGACCUCCUGAGCCGCGAGCGCUACUCCGUGCACAAGGCCGUGGAGCGGGGCCUGAUCGACAACGUCUCCACGCAGCGGCUGCUCAACGCCCAGAAGGCCUUCACCGGCAUCGAGGACCCCGUCACCAAGAAGAGGCUGUCGGUGGGCGAGGCCAUCCAGAAGGGCUGGAUGCCCGCGGAGAGCGCGCUCCCGCACCUGCAGGCGCAGCACCUCACCGGGGGGCUCAUCGACCCCAAGAGGACCGGCCGCAUCCCUGUCCCGCAGGCUCUGCUCUCCGGAAUGAUCAGCGAGGAGCUGGCCCGGCUCCUGCAGGACGAGUCCAGCUACGAGAAGGAUCUGACAGACCCCAUCUCCAAGGAACGGCUGAGCUACAAGGAGGCCAUGGGCCGCUGCAGGAAAGACCCGGUGAGCGGCCUGCUGCUCCUCCCCGCGGCGCUGGAGGGGUACCGCUGCUGCUACCGCGCGGCCUCCCCCACCGUCCCACGCUCCCUUCGCUGACGCUGGCGCUGGCCGGGGCAGUGUGUGUGCUGGGGGUGGGGUGCACAGACCCCUCACCCCCAGAGCAGCCUAAUCCCAAGCAGUGGGUCUCCCCUCUGCCCAACUGCCGUUUUGUUAUUUUAUUACUCAUCUGUGGUGUUGGCCUCCCCCAGCCUUGGUGCCUGACCCACCCCCAGACCAGGAGAGCAGCAGCUCGGGUUGUCCUCCCCCUCCCCCACCCAGUGAUCCCAAUAAACGGAUUCUCCCUGG